GUCGUGUUCGAGGAACAACGGAAUAGGACCAUUCGGUACGUCGCGGAAGAAUGCGUAGCCAUUGUUGGUGCUGCGAUCGUUAGUUUCUAGAUCCGAGAUCGUCAUGGGCACGGGAAGCCAUCCGAUUGUACGAGACUCCAGGAAAAUGUCGGUGGAGCUCGGCACGAGGCACUGAUACGAUAUUAGUGUGAGAGAUCGACGUCCGCAUUCGUAAGUGUGAAACUAGUUGGUCGGGCCGCGUCCGCGUUCGUCGCGUAUGCGAACCGAGCGCUCGCACGAGUGAGAGUGAGUGAGUGAGUGAUACGGUGGGGCACACUCGGCGGCGGCCAUAACACCGACCAACCAAACUAGCAAGCAGGGAGAAAGCGUAGUGCGAGUCGAGUGUUCAAGACGUAGUGGUAGUGUUUUUCAAUAGAAUUCCUGUGGAAAGUGGACUUCCAUUAAUGAGAUGUUGCUAAUGUCGCGAGUCUUGGCUGGAGGUACGGAGUCUCACAGCAGUGUACAGGGCUGACAUUCAAAGUACUACCAUUUGGUAGGCUUGAGUAGUGUUAUGCCUCCACGGCACCAAUCUCCCUGGUUGCAGCGCAAUCAUCUUGGCAAGCAAUUAGUGAGCUACCAUGCUCAGUUCAGAAUAUAUCCUUGCCAUCUCAAUUGUUGAUGAAGCCUCAUAGCGUCAAGCAUCAACGUAAGGCAGUUACCUGCUGCAUAGCAUUUAUGUACCAUAUAUGUCGGAAAGAAACGAAGCCAAGAUGCAGCAGGUGGACACUAUCUCGCAAAAUAAUUCGACAAGUGCACCUGGUAAGACAUCGACUACACCAGCGGCUCCUCCAAAGGAACCACCACCACGUGAUGAACCACCCGUGGAACCAGUGAAUGGUGUGGUCCAACCACCUGUUGUGCCACCACCUAAUCGCCCAGGUCGUGUUACCAAUCAACUACAGUUUUUGCAAAAAGGUGUGCUCAAACCAGUAUGGAAGCAUCAAUUCGCGUGGCCUUUUCAACAACCUGUAGAUGCCAAGAAACUCAAUUUACCAGAUUAUCACAAAAUUAUAAAACAACCAAUGGAUUUGGGCACAAUCAAAAAAAGAUUAGAAAAUACGUAUUACUGGAGUGGGAAAGAAUGUAUUCAAGAUUUCAAUACCAUGUUCACGAAUUGCUAUGUUUACAACAAACCUGGGGAAGAUGUUGUGGUUAUGGCACAAGCACUCGAAAAAUUAUUUCUUACGAAGGUUGCACAAAUGCCAAAGGACGAGGUGGAACUCGAAGUUCCUGUCUCAAAGGGACCCAAAGGCAAAAAAACUGGCAGAGUUGGAGCACCAGUGGGUGGUGUAGCAGGCGGUGCAGGAGGCACAGGUCGAGGUCGACCUUCGUCUGGUGCAGCUGCAGUUACUUCCAGUGUACCGAAUAGCCUAACGCCUUCAGCUACAUCGGCUGGAACGACAGGCGUUAUUCCCAUGCCUCCACUUGGUACUCAGGCACCUGCAUCUGUACCUGGGAGCACGAACACGACUACUAUUGCUCCUCCAUCAAGCAUGGGAGUCACUCCCAUGGCAACUCACAAUUCUCUGCCUCAGCAAGUGGUCCCUCCAACUAGUGGAUACCAUGCGCAACCAGCAAUGGAUCCGCAAGCAGCCUCUGCUGUACCCCCUCCUCCACAAGUUCCCACUGCACCCACAGUAAUGCCUCCAUCACAACCUGCAAAACUUAAAAAGGGAGUGAAGAGAAAGGCUGAUACUACAACUCCUACUGCAAAUUCUUUUGAACCUAUAUAUAAACUGGAUCCUAAAAAUGCCAAAAUACCUACGAGACGAGAAUCUGGCAGACAAAUAAAGAAGCCAACGAGGCAAGCGGAAGACGGCUUAGUGCCAUUCCAGGCCAACAUGCCCCUGAUUGGGGCAAUGGCCCAACAGCCUCAGCAUACCACUGGAAAAUCGAAGGAAAAACUUUCCGAAGCUUUGAAAUCCUGUAAUGAAAUUUUGAAGGAACUAUUUUCAAAGAAGCAUUCGGGUUAUGCGUGGCCCUUCUAUAAACCAGUGGAUGCAGAAUUAUUAGGUCUUCACGACUAUCAUGAUAUAAUAAAAAAGCCAAUGGAUCUUGGUACGGUGAAGACGAAAAUGGAUAACCGUGAAUACAAAACUGCACAAGAGUUUGCUAGUGACGUACGACUCAUAUUUACGAAUUGUUAUAAAUACAAUCCUCCUGAUCACGAUGUUGUUGCAAUGGCUAGGAAACUUCAAGAUGUUUUCGAAAUGAGGUACGCAAAAAUUCCGGAUGAACCAAUGGGAGGCAUGGUAGGCAUGAAAGGCAGCAGUAGUAGUGCCAGUAGUUCGGGAUCUGAAAGUUCUUCUGAGAGUGACGAUUCAGACGCAGAACGCACCCAAAAAUUGGUUGCUUUGCAGCAAGAGCUUAAAGCUAUGCAAGAACAAAUGAGGAAGCUAGUAGAAGAAAGUGGUAAAAAGAAGAGUAAAAAGAAGAAACCAGACAAGACAAAAUCAAGGCCAAUGAGCAAUAAGAGUAGUAGCCUUGUUGCCAGUCAUACUGGUGCCAUGAAAGAACUAAUGAAACCAAGUGGUGGAAUUUCAAAUGUUUCUGAUAGUGUUGGUGCUAGUAUAGCUAGUGUUGCAAUGGGAGCAGGUGAUUUGAAAAUGCCUGGUGGCAUAGGUGGUGAUCUUCAUCAUCCUGCUAUAACAGUAGGACCUAAUAAAACUCAUGCAGCAGGAAGUAUGAGUCAUCAUCUGCCAACCGCGGCAAAUCCUAAGACAAAAGGAAAAGGGAGAGGACCUGGAAAAGCUGCAACGGCAAAUACUGCGAAUAAAAGGCCAAAAGCAAACAGUAGAUCGGCUGGAACUAAGAAAAAGAGUGCCAGUAGUCAACCACCUCCAAUUACGUUUGAUUCCGAGGAUGAAGACAAUGCUAAACCAAUGUCUUAUGACGAGAAGAGACAACUUAGCUUGGACAUUAAUAAAUUACCUGGGGACAAAUUAGGGCGAGUCGUACAUAUAAUACAAUCUCGAGAACCUUCAUUAAGGGACUCAAAUCCAGAUGAGAUAGAAAUUGACUUCGAAACGUUAAAACCAUCCACACUGAGAGAAUUAGAAAGCUAUGUCGCCUCGUGUCUCAGAAAGAAACCACAUAAAAAGGUUAGCGGUAAAUCUAAAGAUGAACAAAUGGCUGAGAAAAAACAGGAGCUAGAGAAAAGGUUACAGGAUGUAACAGGGCAGUUAGGAAAUGUUAAAAAAACUGCUAAGAAAGAAGACAGUAGUAAGUCAGUUGACGUAGUUGGAACUGGAGGAGCCAGUGGGCCUUCACGAUUGUCAGCAUCAAGCAGUAGUAGCAGUGAUAGCGACUCCAGCAGUAGUUCACUUUCUUCGAGCUCCAGUGAUUCAAGCGACAGUGAAGCAGGAAAUUCUUCCAAUCGUCCUCCAAGAAAGAAAACAAAGAAGAAUCCGCCAAGCACAGGCCAACCUCCUACAACAACUACUGUAACACCGGCAACAACAUUGAAUCACACUGGAGGUCUUUUAAUGAACAAUCAACCCCCAACAAAUUCUACGGGACCAAUAACAAAACCAGCUGUAACUCAACCUAGCAAUAUAUCUUCAGAACAAGGUGGUAAUCAACAGUCCGUGGCAGUAGCAGCUGUUACAGCUGGUCAAGGAAUGCCCGUAGCAAGUCACACAUCUAUGCCAGCACAACCGUCGCGACCCACAGCUAUGGCUACGGCUGCACCUGUAAAAAAACCAACUCCUCCACCACCGACUACUUCUAAUCCACCAACUCCAUCGGUUUCUGUACCAACUCCACCUCCUAGUGUUACUCCUACAAACACAAAUUCUAUGGUACCUUCACCGGUUGUGCCUCAGCCACCACAGCCACCCACGUCCGUUAGUUCCUUUUCAAAUGCAAAUACGCCUGUACCGUCAGAUGGAACAGCUUUAACUCAGCAAUCAGAUCUUUUACAACCGUAUAAUACUCUAGCUCCUGUGCCUACUACGCAAUCAUUGGAACAAACGAUGUCAAUGAAAAAAGAACCGCAUAUACCAAUGAUUCAAGCACCACACACGACAACCAAUAAUAGUUUAAACUUAAUGGCGGAUGUAAAACCUCCAGUAAAUAUGAUGCCUACAAGUAUGGCAUCCAAUUUAAAUUUGGGAAACAUAACUAUGGCCAAUCUGAAUAUGAACUUACCGCAAGGAUUAGCGACUCAUAUGUCGAUGCACAAUCAAUUGGAAAACAUGAUAAAUACCACUUCAUCAUUGACUAAUAUACCAAAUUCACAUAAUGCUACAAUGUCGCAACAGCAUUCCAAUGGAUUUUCUAAUAUCAAGCGUGAGAAUUCUCCGCCUAACAUGUUAAAUAAUAAUGGCAUAUCUGGACUCAACAUGGGAAUGAAUAUGGGAGCAAUGAGUUCAAUUUUUGACCCCUUACCUAUCGUUUCCAUGCCAAUGCAAAUAUCUCAAAUGCCAAUAAAGAAAGAAGAGAAACCGUUACCCAUUUCUCAACCGUCAAUGACUCAAAAGCCGAUGGAUGCCGGAGCUCUAUUUGCAGAAAUGAGUACAUUAGGAAUGCCACCAAUGGGAAAUCAUUCAGGUUCGCAACUCAUGCCUGAAAAAAAGAUGACGCCGCCUGACUCGAAAAAUCCUGCAUCAAAUUUUGCCUCAGCCUUUAAGAAUAAGACUGUAGAACAAAAUGUGAAAAAUGCCUCAUCGUGGUCAUCUCUGGCCCAGGCAUCCAGUCCGCAAUCAGCAGCAGGAAGCAGCAUGAAGAGUGCUGCUAGGGACUCAUUCCAAGCAUUCAAGAAGCAGGCCAAGGAAAAACAAGAUAGGCAAAGGGCUUUAUUGGAACAACAAGAAAUGCGUAGGCAACAGAAGGAACAGGCGGAAAGAGAACGUUUGCGACAAGAGAAUGAAAGAAGAAGAGAAAGGGAGGAAGAAGACGCUCUAGACAAAGUUAGAAAAAAUGUUGGCGAUCAACAGGGGAAUGUAAUGUCUGCUACAUCGAGGGCAGAAGAGGUUAAGGCCAUUGUCGAUACCGAUAGCAGUAGUCCAAGUCAUUCAUCCAGUCAAGACAAGGCCGCGGCUGAAAGAGAACGUCAGAGGCUACGGGAGCAAGAACGACGGCGCCGCGAAGCGAUGGCUGGACAAAUAGACAUGAACAUGCAAAGCGAUUUGAUGGCUGCUUUUGAAGAAUCGUUAUAAUGUUAUUUGCUGCUCUUUAUGUACCUACUGAAACCGGGCAGGACUUGGAUGAAUGUUUGGCGCUGGAGGGUACCGCAGAAAAAAAACGUAUUAACAUAUACGUCAGUCAAUAAUGGAACGAAACGAUAUAUAAUAAUAAUAAUAAUUUAAAAACAAAAUACAAGAGAAAGGGGGAGAGAGCACACGGUAAACUGAUAUCAGGAAGUCGGUGUAAUAGUUAAUGGAAAAAAGAAAUGGUGAUGCGGGUUGGGACAUUCCAACGGAGAAUCCUAAUUUCAAUUGUUCGUGUAACACGGACAACUCAAAGAGACAGUUUAACAAAUGACGCAGUACUAAUUGUGUGUAAUCGACGGACACCUAAGUGUGACCAUGUAAUUAGAUAAAAUACCUACACGACAUUUUGAGAAUGCUACACUGACUAUUGUGUUACAUUUUUCCGGUUUUCAUAAGUUUGUACUUUAUGUAAAUUUGGAAACAAAAGAAAAAAUAUUACGCAGAAGAUAAGUGAAAGCAAGAAAGCGAGCAAGAGAGACAUAGAAACAGAGAGAGAAAGAGAGCGUGUGUGUGUGUGAGAAAAUGUCGUAUGCCUCCAAUGAAUGUGUGUAGCGCGCGCGCGCGCGAAAGUGAGUGUACGUGGGAAUGAGUGAAAGUUGUGUACAUUUAGUUAAGUUUUAUAUUUUUCCACAUUCAGUCAUUAAUCGUUGGUAGGAUUACAUAGACAGUGUUUUUGCUAAUAAUACAUAUAAUUAUUAGCUAUUACUAAUAAUUUCAUUGCAGAUUUCUUUCUCGAUUAUGAAUAUAUGCUAUUUGUAAUCAUGAAAUAGAUAGGCUUGUUAAGUCAAUAAUAUAGAGAAAAAAAUAUACCUAUUGCGAACAUACACAUUGGUGAAUUUAAUCGUAAUCGAUUAUCACGAUAGCCCGCGUAUGACUAUCAACUAUCAGACUUACAGAGUCAGAGAGGGCCAAUCGGUUGAUAUGAAUUUAAAGAAAGGGAAAACAAAGGAAAAAUAUUUGUAAAAUUCACCUUAGAGCAAAGUCGUCAAUUAUUACGAGUUAACAGUAAGGUGAUUGUAGAAUGAUGUAGUUUUCGAUCCUACCAACCAUUAGAUCAGUUCAGACGUAUGUAAUAUACGUCUCUGAGAAGUUGGCCGACUACCCACAAAUUAAAACUGUACAGGGACAAAAGUGCGAUUGUUGUUCGCUCGCGAUACUUAAUCGAGUAGUUACAGCAACAGUGACGCUUUAGUUUCAACGCAUUCUCGUUGUUUACCGAGUCGUAUUACGAAGAGUACAAGUGAAACAACAUGCGGUAACGUAAAAUGUAACGACAGAAAAUAACAUUGGCGUAUGUUUUCAUGUCCGUGGUUUUCUUCUGUUCGCGGAAUCCCAUGUACAUGACUUCUAUUACUAUAUAUUAGAAGGUUUCUUAUAAAAGAUUAGGUGGAAUGAGUGGACGAUUUCCCUUGCCUCUGUGCAGUUUUAGCUUGUACGUAGUCGGUAGGUGUUCAGAGACGUAUGAUACUUAAACUUUGGUAUGCUUUAGUAUCGUGGUAUAGGAAUACGUGACAUGUUAUCGGUCCGUAAAUGAAAAAUUGUCUAGACACGAAUUAUAUCUAUUUGUUCGACAAAGUAAGGUAUCAAAAAAAAUGGAAAAGGGAUUUCAUUAAGGCGAUAAUAAAACAAAGAGGAAAAUUAUUAAUUAAUAAAUCUCAAGGCGUUGCGUAUGUGCAACGAUCGAUUGAAUUUUUAUAAACGGAAAAUAAUCACAUCGUUCUGCGAAUAUGAAUGCCUUGAAUAAAAAAAAUCUUUGAUCGGGAAAAAAGUACAAAAAACAAUAUUUAACCAUAAAUGAAUUUGAUGGCU